GUAAGCGUAAAAAUAUUCCCAUUUUGCUUGUCAUUUUUGCAUCCGAAACUAGUUCAGUUCUUUCAGAAUGGAGGAUUUGAAACAACAGAUUGUUGCAAUGAGGCAAUCCUUCUUCGAUGAGGAAAUUCUGGAUAAUCAUUUCAUUCAACUGGAACAACUGGGAAGCGAAGAAAAUCCGAAUUUUGCCAAGGAAGUGGUCACCGUGUUCUUGAAUGAUUCGAUGAACAAUUUAGCAAUAAUUGAGGAUGAAAUGAAAAAAUCUCCGGUCGAUCACCUUACGGUCGACAGGUACCUUCAUCAGCUAAAAGGUAGCAGUGCCAGCAUUGGUGCCAACAAAAUUAAGAUUGCAGUUAAUAAAGCAAGAGACGCUUGCAGGGAAGGAGAUAUCGAAGGUUCGAGGGCCUCUUUACAGGUGCUGAGAAGGGAGGUCGAGUCUUUUAAGGCUAAACUGGAGACCUACUAUCAGCUGGUAGCACAAGUUCAUCCAUGAAGAAGGAAUCAGCAGGCCACCAUGACAACGCCUAAUUUCAAGUUUAGUGGCAGUUCAAAUUAAGAUUUAUGUAAUGAAUCCGAGUUGUGCCUUGUAUGUUUGAGUUUUCAUUUUGAAAUCAUGUGUGCUUUGUGUCUCUUCUCUGUUUUAUUAUAAAAUUUUCAUCUCAGUUA